CUGCAGGUUUCUUGGCUCGUGACGUCAUAUCCGGUGUGGCCGAUUUUGCAGCUGGGAGAUAACGGUUCGUGCGGGUCUGUCUGUGAGACCCGCCGCCGCUAUGUCAGAUUUUGACAGUAACCCGUUUGCUGAUCCGGACCUUAAUAACCCGUUUAAGGAUCCUUCGGUUACCCAGGUGACACGGAAUAUUCCACCCGGAUUAGAAGAAUAUAAUCCCUUUUCGGAUUCAAAAACGCCUCCACCUCCCAAAGUGAAAAUGGCAAACACCCCACCUAAUACACAGCCUGCUAUAAUGAAGCCAACAGAAGAGCCACCAGCAUACACUCAGAUUGCAAAGGAGCAUGCAUUAGCCCAAGCUGAGCUCCUCAAGCGUCAGGAAGAAUUAGAAAGAAAAGCUGCAGAGUUGGAUCGCAGGGAACGAGAGAUUCAAAGCCUCAACCAGUCUGGAGGAAGAAAAAAUAACUGGCCACCCCUCCCUGCAACCUUCCCUGUUGGGCCUUGUUUUUAUCAAGAUUUCUCUGUUGAUAUUCCUGUGGAAUUUCAGAAGAUAGUAAAGAUUAUGUAUUAUCUAUGGAUGUUCCAUGCGGUCACCCUGUUCCUAAAUAUUUUUGGCUGCCUGGCAUGGUUCUUUGUUGACUCAGGGCGAGGAGUUGAUUUUGGGUUGUCCAUCCUGUGGUUCUUGCUUUUUACACCAUGUUCCUUUGUUUGUUGGUACAGACCCAUGUACGGAGCAUUCAGGAGUGAUAGCUCUUUCAGGUUCUUUGUGUUUUUCUUUGUCUACAUCUGCCAGUUUGCUGUCCAUGUGCUUCAGGCAGCCGGAUUUCAAGGUUGGGGAAACUGUGGUUGGAUCACAGCACUAACUGGACUUAAUAAAAAUAUUCCAGUGGGGAUAAUAAUGGUCAUCAUUGCUGCCCUCUUUACAGCAUCUGCAGUAAUCUCAAUAGUGAUGUUUAAAAAGGUACAUGGCUUGUACCGCACAACAGGCGCCAGCUUCGAGAAGGCUCAACAAGAGUUUGCAACAGGGGUGAUGUCUAAUAAAACCGUACAGACUGCAGCUGCAAAUGCUGCCUCUUCAGCUGCAAGCAGCGCUGCCCAGAAUGCUUUCAAGGGGAACCAGAUAUAAAGGGGAAAACUGCUGCAAAUCUCAACCACUGCUCUCAUCUCUACCAUCAUGCUUUCCCUCUCCAGUUUUUACUCUACCCACAGAAGACCUCAAAUUGCACUUGUCAAGUGUAUUUCUUACAUUUAGCCCAUUUGCUCUCAGCAAUCUGAUGGGCACUUGCUAGUGAAGCCCCUGCAUUAGGGGCAAAGACGUGCAUGGGUUAAAACACUAAAGCUGAUGGUUUUUCAUCUCCCCUUCCACUACACAGUUCUUUUAUGAAUCAAGUUAUGCUUUUUUUUAAGGUAGCCCUUUUAUGUUAUGUAUAAGAUUACUGCAAAUGAUGGUACUGUACUAACCUAGAAAUUAUUAGGGGUGUGUGUGUGUAUAUAUAUAUAUAUAUAUAUAUAUAUAUAUAUAUGUAUGUGUAUAUAUAUAUAUAUAUAUAUAUAUAUAUACACACACACACACACACAUUUGUUUUCUGUAGUAAUUUCGUUAAAUUCGGUACACUGUUUAAGUACAGUAGAAUGGUCAGUCAGGAUAUUUGUAACUGCUUGAAUAUGGCUGUUAUAACAGCCAAUAACACGGAAAUGUGAGUGAAGUAAAUGUUUUUCUCUUUAGAAUAUUCACUCUAAUAGAAUUCACUUUGUUAUACAAGCAAGACUUGUAUAUUGAAGCAGAACUCUUAGCUUAGUCUUUUGUGUGACUAUAGACUUUUACUGAAAUGUUGGUACACUACAAUAUCUGUUGUAGAAUGUUUAAUGCAAUGUACAGUUUAAGUAGAGGUUUAAAAUAGAAAGGAAAACAGUGUUGUAGUGUGGAUACCCAUAGGUUGAUUUGUGUUAAUAUUCUGUCCUUAAACACAUCCAUUUUUUUUUUCAGAUUUCUUUAUAUUUGAUGCAGUGUAUUGUUUGCUUUUAAUUUAGAACUUCUUUUCAUACUGUAGGUCAAUUGUUUUCAACAGUUUGAGUUUAUCGUAUUGAUAUAGUGUUUGCUACUUUGCUCGUUUAUUUUGUUCUCCUUAUUAGUGGCAUAAAACUGUGGUGAACAGAGACAUCCUCUGAGGUAACAAGGCUGUCCACUUUAUCAAGGCUCUAGUUACUUCCUUGCAGUAUUCAACAAUAUUACCCAUCUCAUAAUUUAAUACCACUCUUCAUGUCCAGAGGCUUAUAUCUCCCACACUCACACAUGAAAUGACAGUCCAUUUAUAGCCAUGCUUAGACAAUCUAGUUUCUACAUGGUUUCUUAUUAAGAAAUAUUCCAUACCAUGUAAACUCAUUACGCUCACAGUAUCAGAGAAAAUGCCAGCUGAUUAGUAAAGCUGACUGUAUUUUUUUUUUUUUUUUUAAGUUACAAUUUCAAUAAAUCAAUUCAGAUUAUUUUUUUUUUAACCAUUAUUUUUUAUUUUAUUUUUUUAAACGCUUGCUGUUCAUUUUCUCCUAUGUAUUUUAGCCAACCAUAUUGGUUUUACAUGGGCUGCUAUAAAAGCAAAUGUUUCAUUUUUUUUAUUAUUUUAUUUUAAACUUAUGUUUAAAACCCAAAUUAAUUCAGUCAGUACUGGAGAAAGACCUGUUAGUAUGCACAUUCUCACAAUGACUGUGGGUGUUGGACUACACAUUUUAUAUGCAUUGCUGGAGAAUGUAAUGUGCAAGGAAUUCAUUGUAACAGAAUGUUUGAAGUGUUUGUUGCAUACUGGCGUACUACAUACCACAAAAAGAACGACCUAUUGGGAAGCAUUGGACUUUUGCUUUAUAGGUGUUUGGUAGAAAUACAUCACUGGCAAGUAAAAAAAAAAAAUGCCCUUGGGCAUUGCAAAAAAACAACCUAUGCAAAGUGCGUUUUAUUUAAUGAUGUAAGAAACUAAACACCAGAAUUGAUACAAUAGUGAUUUUUUUACAGUAGCAUAUUUUCAUUACAUUUAUCACCCUGCGUCAUUAAACUUGAUUUCAGGGCUUCAGAAUUGCUUACUGGUCCUAGAGAAGCUGUGCAUAGGUGAGAUAUAAAUGCUCCUUUGCACUUUAGGAAAUACAUUUUGUAAGUUGAUAAGAAAUGUAAAGCAAAUUAGCCUGAGAUUAUUAUGCAGAUGUAAAUAAAAGUAUAAAGUUUGUCUCGAUAAAGCAAUGGGUGCCAACUCCUCUGUGGAGCCUAAUCGGGGACUUCUGUAAGUGGGCCACUAGAGUGUGCAGCCAAUGAUCCUGUGGAAUAUAGCAGCGCUGACUACAUCUGCAUUUCCACGUUUAGCAUUAAGUGUAAAGUCUGCAAUUGUCUGAUCUAAAUUACAGUUAAAGGGAUCAAAAUAAAUAAUGAAAAUAUAUUGCAUUUUUUUAACUUAAUAUAAUUAACAUUAUAUAUUACAAUCUCAAAGUGUUUAAUGUCUCUUAAGUAGUAGAAAUGUAAGUGAUUCUUACAACCAUAAAGAAAGCAUAAGACGUAAACUGAACAUUUAGCAGCUUUAUCAGCGUUAACCGUUCUGCAUGAAAGCUGUUCUAUAAGCUUGCCCUGUUACACAAGUAGGAACUGGUGUUCUCCCAAAAUGACCGACCUUAAAAAACCCAAUAUCAAAUCUAGAAAACUGUCCUGGAAAACAAACUAUAGUCACUUUGCUCCUAAAAGGCCGAACAAUCUAAAACCCACUGUAUUGUGUUACAACUAAAAUUCAUUUUAAUGCACUAAAUAUUUUAUUUUAAAUUUGCAUUAUUGUAGCUCCGUGAGAUCAACGUUAGACACUGGAAUGUCUGCACUCUACAAUUUUUUUCUGUAUUUUUAAAGCUUGCAUUUUAUUUAUCUGAAGGAUGUUUGUAUAUUUUGUAAAUGACUGACUAAUAAUCUGCCAUCACAGUAAAAAUAAAAAUCAUUGUCAUGUACAAAGGUAUUCUUUCCCACUCUGUGUUGCAUGUCUGAGUAGUUCAGAUGUUUUGUAUAUUUAUUGUAUUAACACAGAGUGUCAUAGAAUAAAAUUAAUAUGUAUGGA